GCGGAGGGUAAACAUUCGGCAGUCCCCGCGCUGUGAGGGAGGGACUGGGAGAGAGAGAGAGAGAGAGAGCGAGCGAGCGAGCGAGAGCUGUCAGGGAGAGCGAGCCGGUGGGGACGAGCCGCGCUGCUCUCCUCCCAGCACCACCCGGGCACGCUCUGCAAGCCUGGCAGCAGCCAACUUCCCCCACUGGAGUUAGUGUACCAAGGAGCCCCUAGAUGCACACACACAUACGCACACCUCUCUACCCAGGCUCUUCUCCUCCCGCAGCCCGCUGCUGGAAUUAACCACCAACCUUGCAAGGGAAGGAGAACCGUCUCUCCACCUCCCCCCUUUUUCUUUUCUUUUCUUGUCUUUUUUUUUUUUUAAACUGCCUAAAAAGGGGGCAGGGGGGAGGGAAGAUGUCUCACCCAGCCUGUGCCUCCAGCGAGAAGGCUCCAAAGGGACUUGCGUUUCAAAGGGGACAGAGCGCUCCUGCGAGAGCCCAACUUUGAGACAUGCAGCAGCAGCAUCCCCAGCACCGCCGCCGCCAGCCUCAGCCCAGGAAGUUUUCCUAGGACACCGACCAAACUUGGCAAGAGAGGAGGAGGAGGAGGAGGAGGAGGAGAGGCGAGAGGCAGGAGCCGAGCGGGGAGAGAGCGAAAAGAGGGAGCCCGAGAGAGAAAACCCACCCGCGCGCACAAAGCCUUCGAGGAGGAAGGGAAAGAAAAAGUUUCGCUCCGGCAGGGGAAGGCUGCGCGGGCGAGAUGUGCUCCUGAGGGAGUGACGGGGAGAAGGAGAAGGGGGCUCGCCGUUGUGUGUCCCCCCCCCCUCCCCUGUUUUUGAGCUUUGAUUUUUUUAUUAUUAUUAUUCUUAUUAUUUUGUCUUCCUGCAAAAAGAAGCCGCCGAGGCGUUAACAGGUGAACGGAGCUCACGGGAGAUCGGGGCCAAACGCCAACGAGGCUGGUGAGGAGGCGAGCCCCGGGUUCCUGCGGAGCAGCGCGAGUUCCCGGGAGAGGGUGUUGACAAAGGGAGCCGAAGAGCCCCCAGUUGUGCGGAUUGGUGGCACGCCAGCAGGCAGGGGGGGUGGGGGAGCGGAAUGGCCACCGCGGCUUCUAACCCUUACCUACCCAGCAACAGCAUCCUGUCCGCCGGCUCCAUCGUGCACUCGGACUCGGGAGGCGGGGGCAUGCAGCCGGGCAGCGUCGCCGUCACCUCGGUCUCCGGCGGCUACCGGGGCGACCCCUCCGUCAAAAUGGUCCAAAGUGACUUCAUGCAGGGAGCAAUGGCUGCUAGCAACGGCGGCCAUAUGCUGAGCCAUGCCCACCAGUGGGUGACAGCCCUGCCUCAUGCGGCCGCCGCUGCCGCCGCCGCCGCCGCCGCCGCCGUGGAAGCCGGCUCGCCCUGGUCCACCAGCCCGGUGGGGAUGAGCGGCAGCCCCCAGCAGCAGCAGCAGCAGCCCGAUGUGAAAGGCAACUCCGGCCGAGACGACCUGCACGGCGGCACGGCGCUGCACCACAGGCCACCCCACCUGGGUCCCCCACACCAGGGCCACCCGGGCGCUUGGGGGGCCACCACCGCCGCCCACCUCCCGUCCAUGGCCGGGGGACAGCAGCAGCAAUCGCUCAUCUAUUCCCAGCCGGGGGGGUUCACGGUGAACGGGAUGCUGAGCCCUCCCCCUGGCAGCCAGAGCUUAGUGCACCCGGGACUGGUGAGGGGAGACACGCCGGAGCUGGGGGAUCACCCCAGCCACCACCAUCACCACCACCACCAGCAUCAGCACCACCAGCAGCACCACGGCGGGGUCAACAGCCACGACCCCCACUCGGAUGAGGACACGCCAACCUCGGAUGACCUGGAGCAGUUCGCCAAGCAGUUCAAGCAGCGGCGGAUAAAGCUGGGCUUCACGCAGGCAGAUGUGGGCUUGGCCCUGGGCACCCUGUACGGGAACGUCUUCUCCCAGACCACCAUCUGCAGGUUUGAGGCUCUGCAGCUCAGCUUCAAGAACAUGUGCAAGCUUAAGCCUUUGUUGAACAAGUGGCUGGAGGAAGCCGACUCCUCCACGGGCAGCCCCACUAGCAUCGACAAGAUCGCAGCCCAGGGCAGGAAGAGGAAGAAGCGGACCUCCAUCGAGGUGAGUGUCAAGGGGGCCUUGGAGAGUCACUUUCUGAAAUGCCCCAAGCCCUCCGCCCAGGAGAUUACGAACCUAGCGGACAGUCUGCAGCUGGAAAAGGAGGUGGUCAGGGUUUGGUUUUGCAAUCGGAGGCAGAAAGAGAAAAGGAUGACCCCCCCGGGGAUCCAGCAGCAGACCCCCGACGAUGUCUACUCCCAGGUCGGCAACGUGAACUCCGACACGCCGCCCCCACACCAUGGACUGCAAACAAGUGUGCAGUGAGAGUCACAACAGUAAGGGAAAGGAAGAGAGGCGAGAAAGGGAAAGGGGGAGGGGGGACCGACAACAACACCACACACACAAAAAUCCAGAUUUGUUUCGACUAUCUAUCUAUAUAUAGAGUAUAUAUAUCUAUGUAUACAUAGAUAUAGAUAUCUAUAUGAAACGUUUGAAAAGGUCGAUCCGAGCGCUAACAUUUAUACUGUGGUUGGGAGGGGGUGGAGAUGCAUAAUGCACCAAAACUGCAGAUGUUUUUUUCUUUCUUUUCUUCUUCUUUUAUUUUUUUUUGUAAACAUUUCUAAAUUAUCCCCUAUUUCAGCGAUGAACAGCACCCACCCCUUCUCUCCCUUUACGCCCCCACCACCCAAAAAUGCCCCCCCCAAAAAAGGGCUCUCUUAUAUGAAUCAUGGAAACUUUUUUCUCUCACACACACUUUUCUUUUUUUAUGGGAGCAAUCCAAAACAAGGAAGCAAAAGCAAAAUCAUCUGCCUGGUCGGAGGGUGCCUGCUGCAUUCCGGGACCCUGUUUUUCUUGGCCAAACCACAUCAUUUUGGUGCAAGAUAUCCAUUGGGGGGAGGGGGGAUCCUGCAAAACGAAAAGGGUCACUUUCUCCGGGGAGGGGGGAGGGAAAUAUGCACACUGCACUAAACACAAGCAGACUGUAUAAGGAAGCAAAUAUAUAUAAACAAAAAUAUGGGAAUAAAUACCCGCAUACCGAAAGCUGGGGGGGGGGGGGAGGGAGGGAGAGGGACAAACAGCGUGAGAAAAAAAAGAGGAGAGAUUGUUGGUCCCUAAAGUUCGAGCUCUAUAAAAGGACUUUUCAUGAAUUAAGGGAAACAGCCAGAGAAAGGGAAAUAAUUUAGGGCUGUCAAAGUCGUGCUCCUGACGGCUGCCAAUCACCGUGGAAGAUUCCUUUAAAAAUCCACUGCUAAUAUUUUUUUUAUUAAUAUUUUUAUUUUUAUUUCGGGACUGAUUCAGAGAAAGGGAUUUAGAAGUACUGAGCAUCUGCAGCUGCACUUAUCUGAACUUCUCCUCUCCUAAAUCCGUUGCCAACUUUGAUUGAAUGGGUGCUGUGGAUGUGAUUAUAUAAUACUGCCAUUUCCAAGCAGUGUUUUUGGUAGGUUUUAAUAAACAGACUUUUCAAAAAGACGGCAAUAUAGAAUUGUUAGAUCCGUUGUUGAUCUAAAAAUAUUUGCUUUAUAUUUUCAUUAAAUGACUUCUUUUAAUAUUUUAUUCAGAAUACCUAUGAACUGCUGCAAAACGGUAAUUUAUUUUUCCCCAGAUCUUGUAUUACGUGUUUUUUUCAGACGAGCACAAAUCAAAAUGAAAUGAAAAUAUGGACAGUUGUUAGGUAAUAAGGGUAUCUUUUGAUGUGAUAAUUUGAUUGUAAUUUAAUUUGAGUAGUGAUUCCGUAAGAGCUGAUUGAGAAAAUAAAUUUGUUAGAAUGAAA